AUGCUACGGAGUAGCGACGCAUCAUCAGAAAACCAUCCUCAUCUUGCUGAGCUGGCGUGGUUAACUGAACCACGGUUAUGAGCUUAAAAAAAAAAAGGAAAAUUCAAAAUCACGCGUGAAGAGUAAAAGCAGGUUAGGGUUUCAAAUUUUUUAUUUUUUCCCCCAAAACUUUUCCUUCCCCUCCUCCCUCGCUGCUCCCUCCUCACUCAAGUUCGGCCGCCACCGGCGAUUCCCACCGAGUUGAAUAAGACUCUGUUUGGUUGGUUUUUGGCGACGAAGAGGGCAUUGGCGUUCGAUUCAGAGAGGGGGAGAUUUUGUCGAUUUGAUAAAGCUAAAAAUCUAGUGUUUUCGUCGCUGAUACGGUAGCCACCAUAUCUAGUCCACCGACUUUCCCAAUUCCCCAAUUCGCUCUCUCUAUAGAUCAAGCCACGGUAGCCACCACAUCUACUCCACCGACUUCCCCAAUUCGCUCUCUCUAUAUAUAUUUCCUAUAGAUUCUUUUCUUCCCAGAUCUCCACUACAUCUACACUCAACCGACCUCAUCACAAUCACCAUGGCGAUGUCAGGUCGUUCGAGGUCAUGUCCGACUCGUAUUUCACUUUAUGAAUCAUCAGUUUUUGAUCCAUCGCCGUUUAUUUGUCACCGUCGCCUUCGGAAUACACCUUCUCAUCCUUAUUACGACCUAGUUUUCUUUAAGUCUUUCUUCCUCCUUGGGACUAUGGAGGAUCUUACUAAAUGGUACAAGAUUAAAGUUUGUGCCGAAAGUUGUGCGAAGGUCGUGAAUGAGAUAGAGAUCCAUCCGUUGUGGAGAGGACAACUUCCACUAAACGCAAGCUAUGCAGCAUUAGGUUGUGAUCUAUACUGUUUUGGUGGCGAACGUCCUUCUAGUUCUUUUGUGCCUUCAUCGGAGGUUUAUAAAUUAGUCUCUAACUUUCCUAUUUCUAAUGAGAGCUGGAUUCGGAUGCCUUCUAUGAAAGCUCCAAGAGUCGGUGCUCGCAUUUUGGUACUUGAUGGUAAGAUAUAUGUUGUUGGCGGUCAUAGAUUUUUCUUAGGAAGACAGAAUGACAAACAACGUGUUGGUGUUUCAGCUAGAACAUUGGAAGCUCAAGCCUCGCCGGUUGUUGAGGUCUUUGAUCCCACCACUGGAGAGUGGAAGGCCUUGCCUCCUCUUCCCAUUCCCCUUCCCUUUGAAUCAAAGUAUACUUGUGCAGCUCUUGAGAAUCCAAACAGGAUUCUUCUCAUUGCUUCCCUUUCAAGAACUACUGGAGCUUUAGUCUUCUGUCAAUAUUACGUGCAUCAAGCUUGUUGGAAAAUGCUUAACAAGGUACACAUUGAUUGUCCUCUUGGAAAAAAGCCUCUAACGGCUGCCAACAUUCAGUAUUGGCUAACCGUUGAUUCUAUUCUUGGAAAAAAUGCUAUAACGGCUGGCAGCACUCUGUAUUGGCUAACAGGCGACUCAAAGUUGGUUGCCUACGAUGAAGUCCAGGACGUGUGGCUUUUAGGGCAACUCAAAGGUCAGGGAAUCUCAUUUCUUGAAUGUGACUCAUGUGACGAGCCCCAUCCAUCUCAAAAGUGUAGUCUAAUCCAUUUACAGGGCGAGAGGUUCGCCAUGGUGCAAUGUGAAUCUUGUACUGAUGUUGAGGUUCAGUGUGUCAUAUUUGAUGUCUAUCGGCAGCCUUGUAACAAGCGUUUUGGAUUGGGAAUUUCACUGGUGUCCCUCCAUAAAUGUAAGACGGAGAUAGACUCUUUCGUAUCGGAUUGCUUUGUACUGGGUAAGUAGAUUUCGUGGAUAAGUUAAGCAAGGAGGAAGGGUAUUUUGAGAAGUCAAGCAGGGAGGAUGGUAUUCCCCAUUCCAUGUUCCUAUUUGGCAAUUACCUCCCCCAGAUCAAACUAGCUUUGUGCCCUGUCGGUUAGUUUGCAAGCACUUUAUAUCAUAUGACAUUGUCCAAUGCUCUCAAAGUAAUAUGUUUUAUUUUUUUCUUUUGAUGAAGACCCUGAAAUCAUGUAUGUACAGAAAUAUUGAUUCAAUUGAGAUGAAUAUUUUAUUUAAGCUUA